GAAGGUUUGGUUGAUCUUUGGUGAGAUGGGGGUUCGUGACUGCCAGAUCUUUCCUGCAGCAGCUGGAAAAUGUUGUUUGUGGUGUUCUGGAGUGAUGCUCGGAGGACCCAGGGAAGGUCAAAUCCAGCUGAACUCCUCGGCGAGUGGCUGGGGAGCGAGUGGUGGGGAGAAAAUGCAGGAAAAGGAUAAAAACUGGGACAAAUGCGACCUCCUCUCCUCUGGGCCUGGCAGAAAAGGGUUAAGAGAAGCGGUUGAAUGCUGCAAGCCUCGUCAGGGUUGUACUAUUUUUUCUAGUGCAUAAGGAGAAGGGAGAGGAGGGUUGCACGGAAAAGGGAAAUUUCCAAGAAAAGAGGGAUCUGUGGCAAUAUCUGCACCUCGGGGGAUGAAGAGAGGAACCAACAGGCAUAAAUGGCCUGGAGAUGGCUGAAAUCUUUGCCGGGGAGAUUGGGACCGCGGGGUUAUUUUCCACCUGCCUCCCCUGCCCGGUUCUGUAAUCCUGGCUCAAAGUAGACAAGUCGAGUUGGAGCUGAAGAAGGGAGGCGAUGCCACACCUCCCGAGGACACUGGGGACAUCGGGUUUUGCUGAGCUUAGCAGCUUUUCACCGUCGUACCGAAGGCAUCAGACAGACGCUCAUCUGCCCUGAAGUGCAGAUCUGCAACAGCUCCCGGGAAGACUCUGUCUCUCUGUCUCUCUGUCUCUCUUUCUCUCUCUCUCCAGUCCAAACCAUUACAAGACCUGACUUCCACCAUCUGGGAAUCUAACCCCUCUUAUGUCCCUUCUCCUUUUUCUACGAUGACUCACCAUAAUUUUUAACUUUGAAGAGAGAGGAAAUUAUGGGGAUCUUGGCAACCUGUAUUUCUCUCUAGGAUUUCCCCAGGGGUCAGAUAAUCGGUGUUACUAAGAGACACUAAGAUUUGGCUUCUCCAGGAUAGUAGCCCUGCCCUGAACCCGACCCCACCGCCGGGCGCUGGGAAGAGUUUAGCAUAAGGAUUUCUUUUAAAGCCCAAUAUGACAGUUGCCACUGGAGAUCCUGCAGAUGAAGCUGCAGCUCUCCCCGGUCACCCGCAGGACACGUACAACCCCGAGACCGACCAUGAGUGCUGUGAGAGGGUGGUCAUCAACAUCUCGGGGCUGCGCUUUGAGACGCAGCUCAAGACACUUGCCCAGUUUCCAGAGACCUUGCUCGGGGAUCCUAAAAAGAGGAUGAGAUAUUUCGACCCUCUCAGGAACGAGUAUUUCUUUGACCGGAACAGACCCAGCUUCGAUGCCAUUUUGUACUAUUACCAGUCCGGGGGGAGGUUGCGGCGGCCGGUGAACGUGCCCUUGGACAUCUUCUCCGAAGAGAUCCGCUUCUACGAGCUAGGGGAAGAAGCCAUGGAGAUGUUCCGGGAGGAUGAAGGCUACAUCAAGGAAGAGGAGAGGCCGCUACCUGAGAAUGAGUUUCAGAGACAAGUGUGGUUGCUCUUCGAGUACCCCGAGAGCUCAGGCCCUGCCAGGAUUAUAGCUAUUGUCUCUGUCAUGGUGAUUUUAAUCUCCAUCGUCAGCUUUUGCCUGGAAACGUUGCCCAUUUUUCGGGAUGAGAACGAAGACAUGCACGGCAGCGGGCUGAGCCAUCCCCCCUACUCCAACAGCAGCAUGGGGUACCAGCAGUCCACUUCUUUCACAGACCCCUUCUUCAUCGUGGAGACACUUUGCAUCAUCUGGUUCUCCUUCGAGUUCUUGGUGAGGUUUUUCGCCUGCCCCAGCAAGGCUGGUUUUUUUACCAACAUCAUGAACAUCAUAGACAUUGUAGCCAUCAUUCCCUACUUCAUCACCUUAGGGACAGAGCUGGCCGAAAAGCCAGAGGAUGGCCAGCAGGGCCAGCAGGCCAUGUCCUUGGCCAUCCUCCGAGUCAUCCGCUUGGUGCGGGUCUUCAGGAUCUUCAAGCUCUCCCGGCACUCCAAGGGGCUGCAGAUCCUGGGCCAGACCCUCAAGGCCAGCAUGAGGGAGCUGGGCUUGCUCAUCUUCUUCCUCUUCAUCGGCGUCAUCCUCUUCUCCAGCGCCGUCUACUUUGCCGAGGCCGACGAGAGCGAGUCCCAGUUCCCGAGCAUCCCCGAUGCCUUCUGGUGGGCCGUGGUUUCCAUGACGACUGUUGGCUACGGAGACAUGGUCCCCACGACCAUUGGGGGGAAAAUAGUGGGUUCCUUGUGUGCCAUCGCUGGUGUAUUAACCAUUGCCUUACCAGUGCCCGUCAUAGUGUCUAACUUCAAUUACUUCUACCACCGGGAGACCGAGGGAGAGGAGCAGGCUCAAUAUUUGCAAGUAACCAGCUGCCCAAAGAUCCCCUCUUCCCCUGACCUAAAGAAAAGCAGAAGUGCCUCUACUAUUAGUAAGUCUGAUUAUAUGGAGAUUCAGGAAGGUGUAAACAAUAGCAAUGAGGAUUUCAGGGAGGAGAACUUGAAGACAGCCAAUUGCACCCUAGCUAACACAAACUAUGUGAAUAUCACCAAAAUGCUAACCGAUGUCUAGUCGCUAAAAUCUAGUCCCGUAUAUUUAAAGCUGAAGUGGAACAAUUGCAGAUAUUGAGUGCUGCUCUGCAUUGUAGUUAAUACAGUAUUUUCUACGGUGUAUAUUUGGUUCUGCAUGGGAAGCAAUAGCUGUGUAAGUGACUUUUAACCUUUGAUUUCCGCACCGAAUAAGCGUCUGUGCAAAAAAAAAAAAAAAACAAAAAAACC